AAGAAUCUCAUCCGAAGAAAAUCUACACAUCUAGAGAGAGAAAGUGUAGAGAGAGAAAGCCAAGAAGAGGUAAUUGCAAACAAGACCAGCAAGAAGAACAAUCCAAACCCUAAUUUGGAUAGAUUCUAGAGAGAGAGAGAGAGGCAGGCUAUGCAAGAAGCUACCUUUGCAAAGCACAUUUGAUUCGAAACCCUAAUUCGAGAUAAAGAGGGGUUUUUUUUUUUGUGUGUGUGGCGAUGCAAGAGACCCUUCGAAGCGUAGUAGAAGAAGCAGAGUCCGGUUCUCGAAACCCUAACCCUAACAAUCGAUGUCAGUUUCGCCGGAGCAGAGCCUCCGUCCGUCGUCGCGGCGGCGCGUGAGCUGGCCGGACUCCUGGGUGAAGGACCAAGCUCUCCGGCAUGUUGUUUUCAAAAUGCGCCGCAACUCUCUCUCCGAAACGCCGCCUCCAGAGCUCUUCGAAACAAUAAUCGAAGACCUAGACUUGGAAUCGUCCUCCAUUGAUUUCACCUCUCUCCUCUCCGACGAGCUUCUUCUCUUGGUUCUCUCGAAGCUUCCAGAAUCUCAACACAUACCCGAUUCUGCUGUUUGCAAGCGCUGGUCGAGGCUUAGCGGUCGUCUCGUUCACUCUAUCAAGUUGUUAGAUUGGGAAUUUCUCGAAUCGGGUCGACUCUUAUACAGGUUUCCUAAUCUCACCGAUAUCGAUCUUGUUCGAUCUUGUUUAAAGUCAAUUCACAAUUCUGGAAUCGUGGUAACUAACAAAUUCGUAUCUAUUUAUCUCGAUUCAUGCUUAUUGGAAGGUGGGUUUAUGCAAAAACAUGAUUUAUUGGAUUCGGGUGUAAUUGAUAGAGGGGUUCGAAUUUUGGCCCAGGGUUGCCCUAAUUUGAGAAGGCUUGUUAUAAUUGGUGCGAGUGCACAAGGGUUGUCUUGUGUUGCAGAGGAGUGCUUGACUCUGCAGGAAUUAGAACUGCAUUGUUGCCCUGAUUCGUCGUUGAGUGGAAUUUUUGGGUGCCAGAAUUUACAGAUUUUGAAAUUGAUUGGUUUUGUUGAUGGGUUUUAUGAUUCGGUAAUUUCGGAUAUUGGGUUGACGAUUGUGGCACAAGGGUGUAAGCGGUUAGUGAAGCUCGAGCUUGUUGGUUGUGAGGGAAGCUAUGAUGGGAUCAAAGCUAUUGGGCAGUGCUGCCAAAUGCUCGAGGAGUUGACUUUAUGUGAUCACAGAAUGGAUGGUGGGUGGUUAGCAGCACUUUCAUAUUGUAUGAAUUUGAAGACUUUGAAACUUAAAUCUUGCAAGAAUAUUGAUCUAAGCCCAGGGCCCCAUGAGCAUUUAGGUUCUUGUCCUGCUCUUGAAGAAUUACAUUUGCAGCGGUGUCAAAUGCGGGAUAAGCAGGGGAUGAGAGCAUUGUUUCUAGUGUGCGAGGCUGUUAGGGAGCUCAUUUUCAAGGACUGUUUUGGAUUAGAGAACAAUGUAUUUGGCAUUGCAAGUAUUUGUAGGAGAGUAAGGUUUCUAUCUUUGGAAGGAUGCUCAUUAUUGACAAUGGAAGGUUUAGAUGCAGUAGUUCUCUCGUGGAAAGAGCUUCAGAGGCUUAAAGUAGUAUCGUGUAACAAUAUAAAGGAUAGUGAAAUCACUCCAGCAAUGGCAUCAUUGUUUUCCGUUCUUAAAGCGUUAAAGUGGCAGCCAGAUUCAAGAUCUCUUCUGGCAUCAGGUCUUGAAGGGACUGGACUGGGAAUGAAAGGUGGUAGAUCUUUCAAGGGGGUGUGAAACUUGAACCUGCUAUUUUGUUGAUGUGAAUCCGGGCUUUUGCCAAAUGGAUACUUCAACAAUUUGACUGCUGCAAUAAGUACCGGAAUUACAUUCGCACAGGCAUAUUCUCAACAACCUGCAAUUAUUUUUGUGUGUUUCAAAUGUUUUCUCGGCAAUCUGUCAGAAAAAAAUGGGAUCGGGGUGUGUUGUUCGUUAGUGGGUCACAGUUUUUGGUUACAGAUGACCUGCUGAAGGAAACCAGCCAUUCAAAGAAUUUACUUUUCUUUGUUUCUUAAUGUACACUGGGUGACCUGUUCGUCCAAAACGCAAUAGUUAAUGUAUUUUAGUGAAGGCAUUGUUUCACUAAUAGUCAUAGAAAUUAGAUGAGUCAAUUUUUUUUUUUUAUUCAGUGGUUUUGACUUUCUAGGAGCCAAAAAAGUGAAUCUACUCUAGCUCUUAUUUCUAUACUCAUGUUCUUCAAUUUUAAUUUGUCAUUCACAAAUCGUGUACAAGUAUCUUCUUUGUAGCUGUUAUUUUUAUACUCUUUUUCCACAGUUUUACUUGUCUUUCAUAAAUCAUGUACAAUUAUCUCAAUUAUCAAAAUAUCAUGAACAAGUAUCUUGGUAA